AUGGCUGGAGGAAUAGCCAGAGCAACAAAGAAGAGGAAGGCAAUGAAUGGCAUGAAUAAGAAAGUUAUUACUACCCAGAAGAAGAAGGAUGGUGAAACAUGUAAGAGUUCAAAAGGUCACACUGGUUUCCUAAACGAAGAUGCAAAAAAAUUGUUUGAAACCUGUUUUUGUCAUCCCCCAUUGUUAGUGCAACGAGUUGUUGCACUGGGUGAGGGUAAAGAAAUAGAAGUUUCUCCUGAUUUUAUUUCAAAAAUGUUGAAAGUUCUUAGGCUUCUCAUCACUGAGAAUACAACUGUAUUUCCUUAUAAAAGUAAGGACGAAGUCCCCAGCAUGGAAAUGGUUAUUGAGACAAUUUGUGAUGUUGCUAUCGAUUGGGUGGAUGCGAACAUAAAAAUAUAUCAGAAAGACCUUUGUUUGCCUUACAGGAUGUUAAACAUAAUAUUUGCUUGUAAAAUUAAUCUCAAAAGACAUACAACUGAACUUGGAUAUAAUAGAGCUCAACUUCUAUAUGCGAUUGGUAAAGGGGCAUGCAUUGACCUUCUCCAUUACAUAUUCCAGCUGAUUCUUAAUGCAUAUGAGUUGCAGGAUAGCAAACAAAGUCUUCCCUUUCCUAUUUUGAUUACAAAUAUUGUAAAGCCUUAUGGGGUUGUGAUUGAACCUAGUGAAUCGUAUAAUGAUGCCAUGGGUAUGAUAAAUGAGGGUACUAUGAUAAAAAGUGUCAUUCAUGUUGGGCCUAGAAAUCAUGGCAAGAUUGCCUCACAGUUGUCUUAUUCCCAAACUGAGGUCAUUAUUGUGAGAAAGGGCGAGGGUUCAAGUGUCAGUCCCGUCAACAUGAAUAAUAUUGGAGAAAAGUUGGAGUAA